AUGGAGCCAGGUAUUGGCCGUGAUGUAGCCAAGACCAUGUAUAAGUGCGGUGCUGAGGUGUUUGCUCUCAGUAGGACUCAGGAAGACCUGGACAGUCUGGUACAAGAGUGCCCAGGUAUCCACCCUGUUCAGUGUGAUCUUGCAGACCCAGAAGCCACCAAGACAGCGGUGGAGUCUGUUGGACCCAUUGACCUCCUGGUCAACAAUGCUGGGAUUGUCAUACUCCAGUCAUUCCUGGAUGUUACCUUGGAUGCUUUUGACAAUUCCCAGAUAGUUGCAAAAGGAAUGGUGGAACGAGGCACGGGAGGUUCUAUUGUGAAUGUUUCAAGUCCGGCCGCAAAACGUGCACUGAAAGAACAUACUUCAUACUGUGCUUCCAAAGGAGCAUUGGACAUUAUGAGUAAAGUGAUGGCACUGGAGCUUGGGCCACACAAGAUUCGUGUGAACACAGUAAACCCAACUAUAACGAUGACAGACAUGGGGAUAAAAGUCUGGAGUGACCCGGCAAAGUCAGGGCCCAUGCUGGCCAGGAUACCUCUGGGCAAGUUUCUAGAGGUAGAAGACGUGGUCCAUGCCAUCCUGUUCCUGCUUAGUGACAAGGCAGCCAUGAUGACUGGAACAAACCUGCCAGUAGAGGGAGGCUUCCUCGCCACUUAACCAGAAAAUCACCUUCUUUCACUUGUUUACAUCAUCAUAAUGGACAUCAACUGUUACAGUUUGUCAUUUCAAUGAACUGUUUAAACUUGUCUUAACUUCCUCUUUAUAAAACU